UCUUAGGCACCACAUGUAGAGUGUUAGAUCUCGAUCAAACCAAAUGUGACAUGAAUUGAUGGGGACCAAGCCCCACCAGAUAUAAAACCCUAAUUUCAUCCUGUUCAAUGAAAAAAAGGGAUUCAUUCGUUCUUCAAUUAUCAUCUUCAUCAUGAGUCAGUGUAUAGUACCAAAUUGGAAUCUAAGGCACCAACAAAAACAAGAACAAGUCCAUGGAGAUGAAGGAAUUUACAGAUCAUCUUCUUCUACUCAUCACCUUUCUCCCAUGUCCAAUUAUGAAGUUGCAGAGCUAACAUGGCAGAAUGGACAGCUAGCCAUGCAUGGGCUUGGUGGGCCUGCGGCAAAGCCCACUUGGGGGAUUAGGUCCACUGACACACUAGAGUCCCUUGUUCAUCAAGCCACCACCUCUAGUUCCCACAAACAAAAUCUAUUUUUUCUUCCACAGGAUCAUGACCACCAGAGCAGCCCGGUUAAAAUGACCUCCAUGGUUGCCGCCUCCACUGCAAAGGCAGCGGCGGUUUCUCCGGAGCUGGUGAAGAAACGUCGGCCGGUGGAUUUGGAUCAAAGGGUGGUGGAUAGAAGUGGUUGUGCAAGUGCAAGUGCAACAUACAAUGACAAAAGCAUGUUGACAUGGCCUAGUUAUGAAUCCCCGAGGAGAUUGAGCUUCAAGGCCAAAACUACUGAUGAAGAUUCUGCUUAUCAUGGUGGAUGGGAAAAUCAAGAUGAAGAUCAUGACAACAAAACUGAAACAGGUCGAUCUCACUCAUCAAGACGAACUCGAGCCGCUGCUGUUCACAAUCAGUCCGAGCGGAGACGAAGAGACAGGAUCAAUCAAAAGAUGAAAGCACUUCAAAGGCUAGUCCCUAAUGCAAGCAAGACUGAUAAGGCUUCAAUGUUAGAUGAAGUGAUAGACUACUUAAAAACCCUGCAAGCACAAGUCCAAAUGAUGAUGCGGAGCAACAUGCCCCAGAUGAUGAUGCCAUUGGGAAUGCAGCAGCAUCUUCAGAUGUCCAUGUUAGCUCGCAUGGCGGCUGCAGGCAUGGGAGCUGUGGGACUGGUAGCUCGUCCUCCAUUGCUCCACCACCCUUCUGCCACGACUUCCACUCCGUUUGUUCCCUCUCCCUUCAUCAUGCCCUCCAUGAUUCUGGCAUGCCCUCCUGUUCGAGCAAAUUCUUCAGACCCCACCAAUACAAACGCCUCGGCUUCUUUGCCUGAUCCCCAUUGCGCUUUGUUGGCUCAGUCGAUGAAUAUGGAAAUGUAUAAUAAGAUGGCGGCGUUUUACCAGCAACAAAGCAAUCAAGGCACAAAGGGGAUGAACUGCUCGUUGCAGCAGUCAAAUCCUGUGACAAAGGAUUGAGAAUAUAACGGAGUUUAGAAGAAAUCUUUAAGAUGAUACGAAUUAAACAUGGCCUUAUUACUGAUCUAAGUUAUGACUUCCAAUAUAGUUUGUAUUCUAUAUUGAAUAUAAGAUAAAUCUAUUGUGUAAAAUUGCGCCCUUCAAAGUACUUGAAUUUUCUAGUUCCAUAAUAAACUUCAUUAUUUAUCAUCA